AUGCGGCUCGCAAUGCGUCGCAUCAUAGUGUUUGUCAUAUGGUGGCAUUUGACCCUGCCCUUGGCUUCGCAGAGUGCCUGGCAACAGAGAUUUCUCAAUGAGGUGAACUCUACAGCCUUGCAGCGCUCAAGCGCCGCCACGCCGAAGCUGCUCGCGCGCUUGGAUGGUGCAGAUACGCGUGCCUUUCUGGCCCGUUGCUGUCCUGAGGUGGCUCAGUGGCCAGCAGCGGACUUGGCGGAGACGUUGCGGCAAAACCUGCGAGCCGCGGAGGUGGUGUCGGGCUUCAGCAGUGAGGUGAACAGAUCCUUUUUUUUCAUUCUCUUUGUCGGAAGCUGA